AUGCAUUAUACUCAUUGGGUGUGCCAUGAUGUAGACUCCUUCAAAGAUCUCACGAAAACGAGGCGAAAUACGCGCUGGGCGAAAUUACGAUACUAUGUGCCUUCUGUGGCCUGGAUUCCGCAGUACUCAUUGAUACUGCUCGGAGGCGACUUCCUUGCAGGCUUGACGGUGGCAUCCAUGCUCAUACCACAAUCCAUCAGUUAUGCUUCAUCCCUAUCGUCGGCUUGGUCAUUCUCCGCAUCUAUACCUGGCGCUGUGUAUGCACUGUUCGGUACUUGUCGCCAACUCAAUGUUGCACCCGAGGCAUCGCUGUCUCUUCUAGUCGGCCAAGCGAUCGCGGAAGUCCUGCACGACCAGGGGCAUUCCCAUCCCCCCGAUCCUUCGCGCACAAUGCACGUAUCCUUCGCCGUGUCCACCAUGAUUACUGCUCAGGCGGGACUUAUAACAUUCCUCUUAGGCUUUUUCCGCCUCGGAUUUAUCGACGUUGUCCUCAGUCGCGCGCUUCUGCAGGGAUUUGUUUGCGCAAUAGCCGUCUUGAUUAUGAUCGAACAGCUGAUCCCGAUGUUCGGCCUCUCCGCUCUAGAACAGGCCGUUUCGCCUCACUCUACCCUCGAUAAACUGGUCUUUCUCGUCGAAAACAUUCGGGAGGCUCACGUGCCUACGGCCACAGUAUCCCUAUCAGCGCUUCUUGCUCUGGUGGUGCUCCGGGCCUUCAAACGGACAUGUGGUCGAAGCCAAGGUUCGUUCCGUGUCUUCAGGCUAUUACCAGAGGUCUUCCUGGUGGUGCUUCUGUCCACCAUAUUAUGCUCAGUACAUCGCUGGGACGAAGAUGGCGUGGCAAUUUUGGGGGAUGUUCCAGUUUCACUCGCGAGCCAUUCAUUCGUCCGUUGGCCGUUCAAUGGGGAGAAUCUGAAAUACCUGCGGAGAACCACCACGACGGCUGGCGUGGUGUCCAUCAUCGGAUUUUUGGACAGCAUCGUUGCUGCGAAGCAGAACGGGGCGCGGUUCCAGUAUGCCGUCAGUGCCAAUCGGGAGCUCGUCGCGCUCGGGCUGGGAAAUGUUGCCGGAAGCUUCGUACCUGGCACCCUACCAGCGUACGGGUCCAUUACGAGAUCCAGGAUUAACGGAGACGUCGGGGGUCGGACGCAGAUGGCAUCCCUCGUGUGUUCGGGAAUAAUACUGCUCGCCACGUUCUUCCUCCUGCCCUACCUCUAUUUCCUGCCGAAAUGCGUACUAGCCUCGAUCAUCUGCCUCAUCGUCUUCAGCCUCCUCUCCGAGGCGCCGCACGACAUCAAGUUCUUUUGGAGGAUGCAUUCCGCCGUCGAUCUCGGAUUAAUGUUCUUGACUUUCUUCCUUUCCAUAGUCUGGGACGUGGAAAUCGGCCUUCUCGUGUCUGUUAUCAUAUCGCUUUUGCUUGUCGUUCGCCGAUCCUCGAAGACGCGUAUGACCAUCCUGGGUCGCAUUCAUGGCACCAACGAGUGGGAACCAAUUGACGAGAAUCCGGACGCCAUCGAAGACGUUCCUGGCGUGCUCAUCAUCCGUAUUCGAGAAAACCUCGAUUUCGCUAACACCGCACAGCUGAAGGAACGUCUCAGGCGUUUGGAGCUGUAUGGCGUAAAUCCGAGCCACCCCUCGGAGGAACCACGAAGACAGCAAGCGUCUGUGCUAGUGUUUCAUCUAGCAGAUGUCAACGUCUGCGAUGCUGCCGCUGCGCAGAUUUUUUACGAACUCCUGGAGACCUACAAGGCGCGCGACGUAGGAAUAUUCAUCACUCACCUCCGCGUCGGCCCACGCAAGCAAUUUAAGCGUGCAGGUAUAGUUGACCUUUUGGGUGAAGGGGCGUUCUACGACAGCGUGAAGUCCGCUAUGUCGCGGAUAGGCUUAGUGCAUGGUAUGAUCCCCUAG